AUGAACAGUCAACAGUUCGAUAACAAUGGAGGGAAUGUCCAGGUACAAGGGAAGGUGGAACAUGCUAUCAUCCAAGCACCUUCUAUCAACCAAGACAGACAAAGCAAAGAUCGCUGCUUCGACUACUUCGCAGUGACUGACCCGCGCGACGUCAAAAUGACCAUCCAUCAGACGAGGGGAGCCGCCCUCAAGAAAUCCUACGACUGGAUCCUCCGCCAUCCUCAGUUCCAGCAUUGGCGCAACAACAACAACAGCCAGGUUCUUUGGAUUAAGGGGGACCCCGGUAAAGGCAAGACGAUGCUACUGUGUGGUAUUAUUGAUGAACUUGGCCCUACCACGAAACUAGCAGAUCGCCAGGCCAGGAAAUUCCUGUCUUUCUUCUUCUGUCAAGCCACAGUUCCCAAGCUGAGUAACGCUCAUGCUGUCCUGCGCGGUUUGAUCUAUAUGCUUGUGGACAGAAAGCCAUCAUUACUCUCCAUUAUACGGGAAAAAUUCAAAGAAAUCGGGGAGCCGCGAUUUGGGGAUGCAGAAGCAUGGGCUGCACUGUGCGUUAUGUUCUUGAAUAUCUUACGUGAAGCCAGCCCAGACAAGAUCUACAUCGUGGUUGAUGCUCUUGAUGAAUGUGUGCAGGACCAAGACAAGCUCUUACAGUUUAUUCUCCAAGGGACGAAGGAGUUCCCACACGUCAAAUGGAUUAUUUCCAGCCGGAACCAUGUUGAGCACCGAACACGGCUCAAUGACUCGCAAUCCAUAUUAAGCCUGGAACUACAGGAGAAUGCAGAAUCUGUGUCUGUGGCUAUUGGGGCUUACAUUUCCGACAGGAUAGCGGAGCUUGAAUCUCUACAGAACGAUGAUGCCUUGCUGGAACAUGUUCGGCAGACCCUCCAGAAGAAAGCCGAAGGAACGUUUCUCUGGGUGGCUCUCGUGGUCCAGGAACUCCAGCAUGUCGACAGCUGGGAUGUGGAGCAGGUGGUGGACGAUGUACCGACCGGGCUGGAUUAUCUAUAUGCGCGAAUGAUAGACCAGAUCGAACAAACCGCGCCUCGAAGCCGAGAGUACUGUCAGCUGGUCCUCUCAGCUGCCACACUGGCCUACCGGCCGCUUCAGCUAUUGGAGCUGGGGGUGGUGUCCGGACUCCCCAACAAGAUCGCUGGAAACGCCAACAACAUAAAGACGAUUGUCAAGAGGAGCGGGUCCUUCCUCACGAUUCGCGACAAGACAAUCUACUUUGUGCACCAGUCCGCCAAGGACUAUCUGAUAGAAAAGGCUGGUCCGAGCAUAUUCCCCUCUGGUUCUACGGCUGCUCACGGCCGUAUGUUCACAAAAUCACUGCAGGUCAUGGACAAGGUAUUGCGGCGCGAUAUGUACAGUCUGGGCGCCCUAGGUACUCCUAUCAACCAGGCCCAGCCGCCUGAGCCAGAUCCGCUCGCAGUCGCACGCUACUCCUGUGUUUACUGGGUAGACCAUCUAGACCAAUCUGGAUCAUACGAAGCCCUUCAGGACGCUGGCACCGUCGACGCAUUCCUCCGAACCCGAUGUCUCUACUGGCUCGAGGCACUGAGUCUUCUUCGAAGCGUAACAGAUGGGAUAAUGUCGGUACAUAAACUCGGGGCUCUGAUACAGGGGCGAUCAGGAGUAGCCGGAUUGCAGGAUCUGGUCCAGGAUACGUACCGAUUUAUACGCUACCAUCGAGGCGCAAUCGAGAACAGCCCUCUCCAGGCAUACGGGUCGGCGCUGGUGUUUAGCCCACGACAGAGUAUGACUAAGCAGCUGUUCCAGCAGGAGUGGCCUAAUAAUAUCGCAAUUGCGCCGGCGAUGGGAGAUGACUGGGAUGCGCACACCGGCGCCUGCCUGCAGACGCUGGAGGGCCAUGACGAUUGGGUCACCUCAGUGGUGUUCUCCCACGAUAGCAGCCGCGUGGCGUCCGGGUCGGACGACAGGACGAUCAAGAUCUGGGAUGCGCACACUGGGGCCUGUCUGCAGACACUGGAGGGCCAUGAUAAGUGGGUCAGAUCAGUGGUGUCCUCCCACGACAGCCGCAGGGUUGCGUCCGGGUCGGACGACAGGACGAUCAAGAUCUGGGAUGCGCACACCGGAGCCUGCCUCAAGACACUGGAGGGCCAUGACAGCCGGGUCACCUCAGUGGUGUUCUCCCACGACAGCAGCCGCGUCGCCUCCAGGUCAGACGACGAGACGAUCAAGAUCUGGGAUGCGCACACCGGGGCCUGUCUGCAGACGCUGGAGGGCCAUGACAGUAAUGUCAGAUCAGUGGUGUUCUCCCACGACAGCAGCCGCGUCGCAUCCGGGUCGUCCGACGAGACGAUCAAGACUUGGGAUGCGCACACUGGGGCCUGCUUGCAGACGCUGGAGGGCCAUGAUAAUUGGGUCACCGCAGUAGUGUUCUCCCACGACAGCAGCCGCGUCGCCUCCAGGUCAGACGACGAGACGAUCAAGAUCUGGGAUGCGCACACCGGGGCCUGUCUGCAGAUGCUGAGCAUCGGUUCUGCUGUGAACAAUCUUUCUUUUGACGCCACCGGUUCGUCUCUUCACACUAACAUUGGAAUUGUCGCCCUUUACGACUUGCCGACACCUAGCCCUACGACUCCAACAGACAUUGCUGCUUCAGAACUCCAAUCACUCAGGGCAAGCCAACCGUCGCAAAGCCCUGAAUAUCAAGGCUACGGUAUCAGCCCUGAUAGGUUCUGGAUCACACGGCGUUCACAGAACUGGCUAUGGCUGCCUCCCACAUAUCGCCCAAUCUGUUCGGCUGUAGGUCAAUCCGGGUUAGCCUUGGUGCUUGGCUGCCAGUCUGGACGUGUCCUGAUCUUCGGAUUCGCACCUGAGGAUUCCAACUGA